GUUUCAACUGUUUCACUCCCCUGUCGUGGAACAUCCCUCUGUUUUUCCCUCAAUUUAGAGCAAAGAGAUGUUUUGAGCAGAAUUUGGAAGAUAAUGUAGAUAUUAAGACAAAUAUGACUUGCAAAUUAUGAAUAUCAUUGGUUUUAAUGUUUGAUUUUUGUGAUGGCCGUGGGAUGUCCAGCAUCAGUUGUGACAAAGUGUGCACAGAUAGCAACCCUGUUGGAAAUCUGGUAUCUGUUCACUAUCAGAAUAAAAUGGCAGGAUUUAUUGGAGAGAAUUUUGUCAGACCUCCUGUUAAUGUUACUUUACAAUUUCCUUGUAAUAUUGAAGUUUUCCGUGUUAUUAUUAACCCAGUAGUCGGGGCACAAAAAUCAAAUGGAUUUGAAAUUUAUACAUGUUCAAAUAAAGUAGACACAUCACAUUUGCUUCAAAACAAAGUACCAGUACUAUCUAGCAAAAGUUCUUUGUUUGUUCCUAUUGGUAAAAUGAUUGUUGAUAAACCUGGAGUUAUUUGUUUCACAAAUGGUCAGUUUAGAUAUGAUGAAUCUUCCGGUAAUAGUUCAGUUCCACCAAUGGAUCAAUACAGUUACCAUGGUGAACUGAGACAUGGAAGAUCAAGUGCUUUAAAUUUUGUAAGCCAUCUUACUGUCAGAAUUACAAGAACUGUUAGUGGAAGUGCAGUGUGUAUCAAGAAGUUAGAAGUUUACGGGAGACCUUCAAAAUCAUGCUCAGAAUGUGUCAUCAACAAACUUAAACAAUUGUUUUCACCAAGAAUAAGAAGUAGUGACGUUUCAGCUAAGAUUCAAAACGAAAAAGCUGACAAUGUGCAGCAAUCAAACUGUGAUCUUUUUUCAUGUAAUGAUGUAGAUAUUCCAGAGGAUUUUAUAGACAGUAUCACUCAGGAAAUCAUGACAAUGCCAAUGUUAUUGCCAUGUGGUAAAAAUGUUGACCAGUCAACACUAGAAAAACAUGUUUCAGCAGAAGCCUCAUGGGGUAGAUUGUCAAGUGAUCCCUUCACAGGGAUGUUGUUUGACAGUCAGAAAAAGGCAACCCCAAAUCUUCCACUGAAGGGGAGGAUAGAUCAGUUUGUUCUUAGGCAUUCAGAUAAACUGCAAAAUAUACCACGGACAAUAGGAAGAGAGGUGAAGGAAGGACCGUCUACAAGCAGACUUGUGGGUACUGUAAAUUUACAACAAUCUACUAGCAUAACUCCUACAAAAAAAAUGAAUAUUAACAUAAGAAUGUUGGGAAAAGAAAAAAUGUGUUCGAUUCUGUUCUUGACUUGACAAAAGAUAGUGAUCAGUUUGACGGGGUUUCACAUGAUGAUAGAAAGAAAUCAAAGAAGGAAAAGAUAAUUGAUUUGACAGCAGAUGAUACAGAGAGACCUACGGAAUGUGAUGAAAUAAUUGAUUUGACAUUUAGUGAAACUUUAAAGGGUUUAAAAAGCCAUGAAUCUGAUCUUCAGAGUAGUCUUGAUAGUGCCUUAUUGACAACACUAGGGACAUUACCAUCGUUUACAAAACCUGUUAAAACACAACAAGUACCUGUUGGAUGUAGCCUUUGUAAAACAGUGGACAGCCAAAUUAAUUAUAGACUUUCCUGUUGUCAUUACAUAUGUAGAGAUUGUCUGACAAAGUCUCCAAACACAGUUUUAUGUCAAAUUUGUAAAAUUCCAACAGAAAGGAGUGAUGCAGUUCGUGCACAUAUUACAUAAUUAAAUAAUAAACUUAGUGUGAAUUUAUUAAUAAAUAUUUUUCAUCUAUUUGGAAAGCAUGCCAGAUAUGUUUUAAUUUAAAGCCAUUUAAAAGGUAUAACAAAAUACACUAUAAAUAGAACAUAUUGGCAAUUUUUUGAAAAAAAAGUAUUUCCUUUGUUGCUAGUCCUUGAUAAUAAAUUAUAAUUUGGUAUAUAAUUAAUAGGGCCCCAUAUCGAGGAUGUGGGAGCCAAAUAGUUUUCACUGUGUCUGUCCGUCAACAAUUUUUUGUAAGCACAAAAAUUCCAAAAAGUAUAGGUAAGAGGCCAAUAAAGAUCAAUGAAAUGUUGCACAAUUCUGGGCAUGAUACAUGUAUGUAGAUGUGCAUAUCAUUUUUAUUUUUUAUUUUUGUUAUUUUCAAGAAUUACAACAAAUACAACACAUCAAACAUACAUACAGUAAUAUUAGCAAUACAUUUUGAAUAUCUAUUUAUCUAUAACAGUAAACAUUGUGGAAAAUUCAUUUUUUGUCGAGCCUUCGACUUUAGUCGAAAAAGCGAGACAUAGCAAUCCUACAUUCCGUCGUCGGCGGCGUCCACAAAUAUUCACUCUGUGGUUAAAGUUUUUGAAAUUUUAAUAACUUUCUUAAACUAUCCUUGAUUUCUACCAAACUUGGACAGAAGCUUGUUUAUGAUCAUAAGAUAGUAUCCAGAAGUAAAUUUUGUAAAAAUAAAAUUCCAUUUUUUCCGUAUUUUACUUAUAAAUGGACUUAGUUUUUCUGCCGGGAAAUAUUACAUUCACUCUGUGGUUAAAGUUUUUAAAAUUUUAAUAACUUUCUUAAACUAUCCUGGAUUUUUACCAAACUUGAACAGAAGCUUGUUUAUGAUCAUAAGAUAGUAUCCAGAAGUAAAUUUUGUAAAAAAAUAAAUCCAUUUUUUCCUUAUUUUACUUUUAAAUGGACUUAGAUUUUCUGCCAGGAAACAACACAUUCACUCUGUGGUUAAAGUUUUUAAAAUUUUAAUAACUUUCUUAUACUAUUUCGGAUUUGUACCAAACUUGGACAGAAGCUUGUUUAUGAUCAAAAGCUAGUAUCUAGAAGGAAAUUUUGUAAAAAAAAUAAAUCCAUUUUUUACUUUUAAAUGGACUUAGAUUUUCUGCCAGGAAACAACACAUUCACUCUGUGGUUAAAGUUUUUAAAAUUUUAAUAACUUUCUUAUACUAUUUUGGAUUUGUACCAAACUUGGACAGAAGCUUGUUUAUGAUCAAAUGCUAGUAUCUAGAAGGAAAUUUUGUUUUCUUCCAGUUAACAUUACAUUCAGUCUGCAGUUAAAGUUUUUUAAACAUUUAUUAGAUUCAUAAACUAUCCUGGAUUUUUACCAAACUUGGACAGAAGCUUCUUACAAUCAAAAGAUAGUAUCAAGAGGAAUAUUUUUAUUGAUUUACUUCCUCAUUUUUGUUGAGCCUGCGAUUAACAGAAAAAGUAGGCGAGACACUGGGUUCCGCGGAACCCUUACGAAUUUUAUA